GCCCAGGCCCCCGCCAGGCCAGCCAAGCAGCGCCCGCCUCCGCCACCACAAAGGAACAGCCUCUGCCUCCUCCAUCUCUGCUCUGCGCUGCCUGCACGUCUAUUUGACUCCGAUCUCUGAAUUUCAUUUCCGAUCUGCCUGCAACGCAACAGAGACGACGACUUAGAACGGACACUCCCACAAUCAUCUUCCGGUGCUUCUUAAAACCUCACUUCACCCGCCCGCUUCCCUUGAUUCUCCCCUUCCAGGUGGCCAGCCUUACUGCUACUCUUCACUUCUUGUUCGAGGCUAUAUCAACCAAGAAAGCUUCUCGGAGAGAGAAAGAGAUUGAGAGAGAUACACACACAAGCAGGACGUUGAGGGAGACGAUUCAUUGUUGCGCUGUUCAUGAAAAGAAAGAGUUCCUUGUUGAGAUCCUUUUGCAACCGGAGCUACAUUGCGUGGACGUGCGCGUCCGCUGGAGUUUCUCUUUUCUUUUCAUCGAGUUUCUUCUGGGAAGCAGUGUUGCAUCCGUUGCACUGGACGUCGAGGAGCUCUGCCGAUUCAUUUGUGUUUGUUCCAAGGAGUUCCAAGGAGCUCCGCGGAGAAGUCUGUGGUAAUACCGAGGAGGCAUGAAUUGAUCCUCCGUGGAAUUUCGGCAGCUGCUAUGGUCGGGUUCUAAUUGCCAGGCGCUGAGUGGCUCGUAUCAGGGGAUUGCGUUGGAGUUGCGGUCGCUGCCUCGUCCACAUUGGUCAUAUUCUGUUCCCGAUUUGCACAACCAGAUGUAACUUGGCCACAAUUGAUUUAGCUCCAUCUUUCUUGCUGAGAGGUUGGUAUGGUGGUACUGCCGUGGGUACCGCAACAACACGUGAGAGUCCUGAGUCGCGCGUGAAAGGCAACGAUACUGCGGGCUCUUUAUAUGUAUCAGACUUUGUACCGAGUUGGAAGUUCUUUGAUAGCCCGAUGAGAGAUACAAGCCAUUGUCGAUUAUAAAUGUGCUUCCACACCAUCCUUUGCUGCAGCUGGGAUGUCAUCGAUGACAUCGCAUAGUCUCAAUGCCGCGGGAUUUGUUUUCACUGACGAGUGUCGAAGAAAAAGCCUGGAGUAAUUAAAUCGGUGGAAAUUUGCGCUACCUGCGGAUGUUUUGCGUAGCAUUUGUGGUCGAUUACCAAGGCUCCGCAGUUGAGACGAAUCCAGCGUAUCAAUUAUCCCAUACGUCGAAUCUCGAGGUGAGCGCACGAGGGUCGAAGUGAGGCGCCAACCCCAAGUUCGUCAUGUGUGCUUUGUCGUAGUCCGUCGGUGCUCCAAUACCUGUCCUGCGCACGCCUGUGCUAAGGUUGAGAAUGACAGGUGGAGUGGAGAGUGCAAGGCGGUUGCGGCCGCGUUCUUGCAGCUCCAUAUCGGGCAAAUGCUUGGAUGAAGUGAGGCAGACUAGAGCAGCAGCCAAACGAUCUGCCAUGGAGGAAACCGCUUCGAAACCUGGAAGUAGUGCAGUGCACCCUAGGAAGCGAGCCGGCAUGCAGCCGGUGAGGAAGCGUGCUGCCCUGUCGAACAUCACGAAUCAACAGAGUGUUGUUCAGUGCGUGGGUCCCGGGAACGGGACGGUGGACGUGAGGGUUGUGGGAUUGAAAGCUGAUCAGGAGUGCCGAGGAGAUGAGAAUGCGCAUCCUGGAAUCCCAGCGCAAGGGGCCGGUGAAGGGAAGGGACAGGGGGCGUCGUUGGAUUGCGAAGCCGAGUGUGGUCCAAGGAGUAACUCGGAAGCGGUGGCCUCUUUGGAAAGGCGAACUGUGCAAAACCUGCACAUAUCUCAGGAGGCUAAGGAUCGGGUGAAGCAAGGGGACCUUUUCAGCGACAAGAGCUGCUCAGAAACAUCGGAGUGGUCGAGCGGGGAGCUCUGCUAUGAAGACAUCGACAAUGAUCAUUGUGACCCUCAAAUGUGCAGCAGUUACGCCACAGAUAUUUAUGAGCAUCUGCGUAUGGCUGAGAUGAAAAGGCGACCGUCGGCGAACUUCAUGGAGUCAAUUCAGCAGGACGUGAAUCCGACGAUGAGAGGGAUCCUGGUAGAUUGGCUGGUGGAGGUGCGGCAUGUUGCCGGAGAAUACAGAUUGGUUCCCGACACGCUGUACUUGGCGGUGUCGUACAUCGAUCGAUAUCUUUCUGCACAAGUGGUGACCCGACAACGGCUUCAGCUGCUGGGUGUGGCUUGCAUGCUGAUUGCUGCGAAAUACGAAGAGAUAUGCGCUCCCCAGGUGGAGGAGUUUUGCUACAUUACGGACAGCACGUACUGCCGGGAAGAGGUGUUGGAAAUGGAGAGGGGGGUGCUGAACGUGCUGAAGUUCGAGCUGACGACUCCGACGACGAAGAGUUUUCUGAGGCGGUUCGUGAGAGCGGCCCAAGCAAGCUGCAAGGGUCCGAGUCUGGUUCUGGAGUUUUUGGGGAACUACCUGGCUGAGCUGACCCUGGUGGAGUACGGAUUCUUGCCAUUCCUUCCUUCCAUGAUAGCGGCGUCUGCGGUGUAUCUAGCCAAGUUGACUCUGGACUCGUCGACAUGUCCGUGGGAUGCGACGUUGCAACACUACACGGGGUACAGGCCAUGGGAACUGGAGCGUUGUGUGCGAGCCAUGCAUGAGCUGCAGCGGAACACGAAGAGCUGUUCCCUUCCUGCCGUUCGGGAGAAGUACCGACAGCACAAGUUCAAGUGCGUGGCAACGCUGGUUCCACCCGCCGCUCUCACAGUGGAACACUUCAGGGAGCUGGAAUGAGGAGCGGUGGAUGGUAGCCCAGUCGGUCGGCGGUGCGAGUGAACGAGCGAGGAAACAGGCACGAAGAGCGCGGUCGGGGCGCAAAGCGACAAGAAAAGUGGAAUGCAAGGCUGCGGAGGCCCUGAUGAAGGAAAGCUGCGGUGGGCGCUGGCAUUGAGCUCCGUGCAGGCGUCGAACGGGAGCCCUGGAGUGGAAAGAGUGAUGAUGAGGGCGAGGCUUCCUGGUGAUUCAGUUGGGCGUAUGAUAGUGAAACCUGUGGACGCGGGCUUGGAAAGCUGUGAUUGUCGAGGGAUGACACGAUGGUUGUGGAGGGCAUGGGUAGUGCACAUGGCGCGCGAGUGCAAUCCAGGGUGAGGCAUGGCAGAUGGGUGGAUGAGUAUGGGGUCGUGCAAUUGGGCACGGGUGUGGUUGCACGGGGAACGAUGGCGUCGGGAGGGUGGUGCGGUCGUAGCACAUGAGAUGGAAAGGUCUGAUUGUAAAAGCAUGUAAACUGAUGGGGGUGCAGUUGAGGAGGGGUUUUGAAGCGGGAAACGAAGCAGCAUUCGACGUUGGAAUGAACCGGGGUGGAGUAUUGGGGGCGGCAGGCUGAGCAAGUGUAGAGGUUAGCGGUUGGAUUGGAGUGGGGGUGGGGGUGGGUGUGGGGGUGGAGGUGGGGCGCAGGUCGAGAGUUGAUGAAGGGCAUUCAUGGUGUAGGCGGCGCACUUCUUGUGUGGUGCGAGAUGAUGACAGGAAGGGUUAAGUUGGAUUGACUGUUUGUUUGAGAAGAGAGUUGUAAGAUAUAGUCAGGUCUGGUGCCCUGUUAGUGAAGGGUGUUGAUUGAGGAGGAAUGUCGUUCUUAUGAUGGAUGUGAAAGGGAGCAGUCUCUCAUGUCACAUCUUGCAUGAGGGUAAAUCAUGAGUUGCAGGUUAUUUUGUACAAUGUUUGAGUGCGGUAUGUGUCAUGUAUAUGAGUAGUAUGUUAUGGAAUUGAUUUUAAAGUGGGUUGUCUAAAGUGACUGCGGAACUUACUUAAGUAAAGAAGUUGGGUACUUAGAACAAUGGUAUGGCUUAAUCGAUAUUGGAAGUUUAGUGGAUCCAAAAUUUCAAGUA